CAUACAUUUCUCCUGUUUGGGGUUCUCGGCUUUGUUCUUGCAUCGAAAGCCCAAGAAUUUGAUGAUUCAAAACCUGGAUCACCCAGAGGACCACCCCCAGAUCUUUUUGGACCACCACCAUUUGGAAAUCGUGGUGGUCCCGAAGAAGAACAAGAUGAUAUUUUUGGUGGACGAUCCAGGCGUGCAAACAGUAGACAAGGAGGAUAUGGCGGACAAGGAAUGGGGUAUGGAGGAAAAGGAAUGGGAUAUGGUAAACAAGGAAGUGGAUAUGGAGGACAAGGAGGUGGAUAUGGAAGACAAGGAAUGGGAUAUGGCAGACAAGGAAUGGGAUAUGGUAGACAAGGAAAAUGA